GUCACACAGAGAGAGGGGGAGGCAGACAGACGUACGCACAGAAAGAGGAUUCGUUGCCAUGAAGAGCUGGCUGAUCCUAGUGUGGCUGGUGACUUUCGCAGGCCAGGAUUGGCUGGAUGGCGCAGAAGGGGACAAACAGCACUCUGCUUCCAAGUUCCCCUUACAAGCUACUGGCCAUGACUCCACAGGAGAGAUCCAGAAUACCACAGAGCUGGCCAAGGAGCUAGAUGAGCCACACAACAAACCAGACAACGAGCCAGUCAAGGAGCUAGCCAAGGGGCUAGACAAGGAAUCAGUGGAGAAGCUAGCCAAGGGGCUAGACAAGGAAUCAGUGGAGGAGCUAGCCAAGGGGCUAGACAAGGAAUCAGUGGAGGAGCUAGCCAAGGGGCUAGAUAAGAAGCUGUCCGAGAAGCAGACCAACGGGCUAGACAAGGAGCCAGCCAAGGAGCUAGAAAAGGAGCCAGCCAAGGAGCCCACUGCUGCACCGACCACUGAAACCACUACAGCACCCAUCACAACACCUCAGCGGUGCCCACCCAGUGACCCCUGGGGAACCUGUGGGGACGACUCCAAGGAGGAGAGCCCCAGGGUUGCAACGGCGCUGACUGAUUUUGCACUUAAGUUCUAUUCGAAAUUGGCCGAGGUGGAAGGCACUGGUUCCAACGUGGUCUUCUCGCCCUUCAGCGUGGCCCUGGCGCUCUCGCACCUCUUGCUGGGGGCCCGGGGCGAAACCAAAGAACGGCUGGAGUCCAUCCUCUCCUACCCCUCAGAUCUCAUCUGCGUCCACACUCCACUGCAGCGGCUCCUCAAAUCCCAGGCCUUGAUCUCGGCCUCAAAGUUCUUCCUCCGCCAAGGCCUGCCCCUGAACGAAGCCUUCCUCAACCAGUCACUGCGCUUCUACAACAGCCGGCCCCAGGAGCUCAGUGGCAACAAGACCCAGGACUUGCAACUCAUCAACAAGUGGGUGAGAGACGUGACCAAGAACAAGAUCAAGAGGCUGCUGAAGGAGCUGGAGCCUGACGUCCAGCUGGUGCUGCUCAACGCUGUCUAUUUCCAAUCCAAAUGGAAGACGACCUUUAAAGUGAAGAACACAGUGAAUGAGACAUUCUACCGCCCGGGCCAGGCCCCAAUCAGGGUGCCCAUGAUGACCAGCAAGAAGUACCCACUGGCAUUCUUCAAUGACCCCAGCUUGCAGGCCAAGGUUGGCCGGCUGCAGCUGUCCCACAACAUGAGCCUCAUAGUCAUCGUGCCCCAGCAUGUGUCCCAGAUGCUCGCUGAGGUGGAGCGGAAGCUGACCAAAGAGACCUUCACUGCGGUGAUGAAGAAGCUGAUGGACUCCCCCUUCAAGUCCACUGUGGUGAGCCUGCCCAAGUUGAAGCUGGACAGCUCCCACAACCUCAUGGACAUCUUGGGGGAGAUGGACUACGGCAUUUUCUAUGACUCCAACCUGUGCGGCAUCUCAGAGGCAGAGGAUCUGUUGGUGACAAGCGCCCAGCAGCGGGCCAUGCUGGAACUGAAUGAGGAAGGGGUGGAGGCCGUGGCUGCCACGGCCUUUUCGGUGGCCCGCACCGCCUGGGUUUUCGAUGUGCAGCAGCCCUUCUUCUUCGUGCUGUGGAAUGACAACCACAGCUUCCCCAUGUUCAUGGGCCACGUCAACGACCCCAGAGUCUGACCCAGCCCCCUCCAUGCCCAGUUCCACUUGCAUGGUAUGCCCUGGUGCCACAGGCACUGAACAGUGUUGCUUGGCUGUGACGCUUUGGUGUGGGGGGUAUCUGUCUGUCUGUCUCUCUCUCUUUCUCCCUCCGUACAUAACCAUCCAUGCAUCCCCAUGCACUCCGUUCUACCUCGCUAUCAAUCUCACACACAGCAUCUAUCAAGGGACUGACCUGGGAGACAGUGUAGCCUAGUGGUUAGCACAGUGGACUGGGACUCACAGAGACCUAUGUUCUACUGCUGGGCGACCUUGGUCAAGGGACGGUCUAGCUCUAUGCCUCAGUUUCCCCAUCCACAAAAUGGGGAUAAUGAUCCUGACCUGCUUUGUAAAACACUUUGAGAUCUGCUGAUGGAAAGGACUGUAGAUGAGCUAGGGAUUAUUAUUAUCUAUCCAUGCAUCCCCAAUACGUAGCCUCUAUCUAGCUAUCUCCCAAUACACCCCAUUCAUCACCACAGUCUGUUCUCUCUGGAUUUUCCUUCCAUCUCCCUCUCUCUUCUCCCCUCAUCCCCUUUGUUCCUCCCUCUCCCCACUUGACUGUCUGUAGCCUGUGACCAUCCCAGGCUCGGACCUUCUGAAAUGUACAGGGAAGAGCUGAUCUGUGGGGGGUCCCUUUUCCCCACUCCCUUGACUCUGUCCCCCUCACAGCAGCCGCUGCCUCUUUCAGCAGUAAAUAAAG